AAUGACGUCACGGCGAGAGUUCAAAGAUGGCGGCGGUCGGGUGCAUGGAAAGUUGUGGACAAGAUAGUGAAGAAAGCCAAGAAGAUAGCGUCUCCAAACUGGAACGAUAUAGCAGAAAAAAUGGAUUAAAUCAUCGCUGUUUAUGUACCCAAAGUUCUGUAGAAUGCAAUAAAAAUAAAAGUGUUUUUCACGAAAAAAAUCAUAAACUAAAUGGCUUAUUGAAACAAAAUUCAUUCACAAAACCGUCUACCCCGGCCCUUCGAUCUCGUAGUGAGCGGAAUUCUGUGGGAUGUGAACCACCAAAAAGAAGGAGAAGAUCGUCAAGACAUGAUAAAAUCGAUGUGAACAAUGCGACAAUCACAGAAGAAAAAGUCCAGAAACAGUUAGGUCUAUCAUGCCUUGAUCUCAUUACAGUGAAAAGAAAUGGUGAUUCAUGCUUUACAGAUGAUAUGGGGAACGACAGUUGUUCGGAUCUGCUUACACCAGAUGCUUCUCGCUCGUGCACGCCGCUGUCUGUCGCAGGAAGUUGUGUGUCUAGUCAAAUCAGCAAGGACUCUCGGACCCCUGAUGUCCAAGAGAGUUGCAAAGAGACCCCUUCUCUAUGUAAAUGGAAAAACUGUGAUAUUUCUUUAGAUUCUUGUCGUCUUAUGGACCACUUAAAACAUUGCCAUGUAGAACAGCAAACGGGUGAAAAAUUUCAUUGUCUGUGGGAGGGAUGUAAAGUUUACAAUCAAUCUUCUAGUUCAAAAUCUUGGUUAGAUAGACAUAUUCUGACACACAGUGGUGACAAACCAUUUAAAUGUAUAUUUGAUGGCUGUUACUUAAGGUUCACAUCUCAGAAAGCACUGGAACGUCAUGUAAAUACCCAUUUCAAUGCAUUACAGCACACUAGCCAGAAACCAUCAAAACCUCGGGAAGACACACCAACCAAACAGUAUAGGAAAAGAAGGGUUAAAAGAAAAAGACCUCUAGUAAAAACAACAGAUUACUUCGAUCCUGGCAUCAUGGAAAGAUUAUCAGACCAGGUGACUUUUGUCACAAACAAAACACAAAUUGAUCUCAAUGGCAGCUCAGACUCAGUCACAUUCCAUAGCACAGUAAUAGCCAGAAGAACAGAAGACAGUUGUAAAGCGAAGGUUUUGUUACAAUGGACACCCAGGAAUGUAAUUCCAGACUCCUGGGUAUCAGAAAAAGAAGCCAAGUCUUUAUCAACAUGUGUCAUUCCACUCAGAAAACUACCUCGUGACACGGUCACGGCGUUACAUCCAUCCUUGUUUAGUCAGCAUCGCUACAGAAGACAUAGGCGGAAAUGACGACCUUCAUCUUCAUCAUCAACAAAGAGAAGAAGAUAUUUUAGUAAUCAUUAUUUUGACCAAGUAUUUUAGAUUCCGUUGAAUCUCAGGGAUAAAAGUUGAUCAUUGAAGGCUGAAGAUGCUGUUCAAAAUAUGUUCUCAUUCACGUCAUACGUGUGAUUUAUAGCUUGAAUGUUUAAACAAGUCCUUUUCAAAUUUCCACUAAAAAAUGCACAUACUUUCCGAAGAUAUUUGCAACAUAGCAUAUUUUAUGUUUAUAAUAACACUUAUGAUACCAAUUUUACUACACCAACUGGCAAAACGUGAAAAAUUUGGGGCUCUGGACUAUUAUUUUUGGUUUGUUUAAUGUAUUUUUGCACCACAUUCUCUAUAACUAGACACACUUUUUCUUGCAGAGUAAAUAUGCCAAUCCUGAGCUGAACCACCCAUGUUCAGCUUAAAUUUGGUAGCUAAAUGUUUGAAAUGUUUCAAAGGGGUUUAACAUUUUAGCUUUAAAAAUGAUAAUUAGUUUGUUUUCAAAAAAAUUUAUUGUUACUGCAAGCUUAUCUCUCACCUGAGAUCAAAUGUUCAUGUAUUGCUCUAUUACAUUGCAUUUAUGUUGGGAAAUCUGAAAGGACAUUGAUAAUCAUUCAAGCUUAAGAAAGGUGCAAUAGAAACUGUACAAAAAUGAUCAAAUCACUCAGGCACAAUGGAUAAAUUUGAAAAUUGUCUCAAAAUUCCUCAUAUCUAAUGUAUAUUACCUCCCUUGGGAGUCACAGUUAUUUCCCUUGAAAUUUUAUAUUCUGAUGAUAUUGGUUGAUGAUUUCCAUAUUGUCACAAUUGCUGCAAAAAAAGAUUUGUUUGUUUAUUUUUUUGCUUUAUACUGUGUAUAUUAUUAUUUUUGCUAUUGUUUUAAAAAAUUGUAAAAAGACUGAAAUUUAAGUUAUUAAAUUUCAUUAGUAGAGGUAGAAUUGAUUAAUUUGUGUGCUUGUACACAAAAUGUAUUCCAGUCAGUCAGUUUCAUGAAAUGAAAUGACCAAAAUUGAAUUAUGUGUGCAGUAAAAAAUUUAAACCAUGACAUUUUUUUAACAUCACUAGUUUAUGUAGUGCCUUACACAGUGUAUGUCACAGUAGAAAAAUUAUGUUUCUUAGAUAAAGAUAUACAAUCUAAUUGAAAUCAUUUUAUGUACACAUUUUUUUUCACAUAGACAAGUUUUAUGUUCAUUGUAGACAAAGUUAAAAGGUCUUGUGCAAAUUAUUUUUUUUUGUAAGCGUAUUUAUUUUUCUAAAUUUCACAAAGAUAAUCUAAAUUAAAAAAAUAAAAAUUGAUAAUUUCAGAACGAUUGCAUUGCUUAUCUUCCCUUGAAAUUUCUGUUGAUGGCAUAAAUUUGCUUUGGACAAUUCCAAAAAUAUUAUUAAAUUCUUUUACAAAAUUCAGUACUUAAAAUUUAGCAAUUAAACAUGCUGUGUCUCUUGUACAGCUAUGGCACACAUUUUAGUGGUAGCAGUGUGGUAAUUAAACAUGCUGUGUCUCUCGUACAGCUAUGGCACACAUUUUAGUGGUAGCAGUGUGGGGUUUGUUAUUCCUGCUUAUGACACAUUUUUGAGCUUCUUUCUCAUUAAAAUCAUCACAACCUUUUGCAAUAAUAAUAGCAAAAAAUUCUGAUUUCACAGUUGUCUGUUUAUAUUGUAAUUGGAUAAUGACAUGUUUUGUAGUGAUUUUAUUGUUAAAGUGGGAAAAAAACUUCCUUAAUAAGGAUUUUUUUCUUUUCAUAAUUUAAUGAAUUGAUAAUUUGGAACUAUUGGAAAUUUGAUCAUGUUUUGAACAUAAAAUCUGAUUUUUGAAUUAACAAAUCCAGAAUUUAUUUGUGACUCUUAUAAAAAAAAAGUUUACUUCAAUUGUGGUUAUGUUACAGUACAUAGUCAGUUAUUAUUUUCCAUAUAAAUUUGUUUAUACUUUUUCAUUUUGUUUUAAACUAAUUUUUAACUUGUCAUAUAUACUCUUUUUUUAACUGUAAAUAAACUAUUUUUAGUCUAAAAUCAUAAAAUUUACUCCUCAUAAUAUUUUGCUGCUGAUUUCUCAUCUAAGUAAAAGCUUACCUUUAAUUUUGAAGAGUACAAUGAAAUGUUUGACCUUUACCCCCUUUUUUGGGGUUUUGUUUUGAUACGACUGUUCUUUAGUAAUCAUCAUACAAAUUACUAUAUGAUUAUAAUACAGUACACAGAAGGUGGAUUCAGUCAAAAAUCACCGUUGUUGGUGUUGAUUGAUUCACUUUGAAACAGCGUGAUUGUUGGUGAUUUGAGAUGAUAACACACUGAUUUGCAAACAAUAGCAUAAAUAUUAUGACUUAGAAACCAUAGCAUAAAUAUUACCCAUGGAAUAUACAGAGAUAUUUUUUAAAGUGCAUAAUCCACAAUCACCAUAAUUCACUGUGAAAAUUCACCACCAAGAGUGAUUUUUUAAUUAAAGGCUGUUCCAUUUGAACAUACAUGGUACCCAAGGAAGGUACUUUUAAAAUGAUGUACAAUUUAUAGAGUCAAAUUUAUAAUUUCACUUUCAUUUUUCACUGUACUUGACAUCCAUCUGUAGUGGAUAUUUCAAAAUGCCUUCCUGGGUCCCAUGUAUGUUUUAAUGGACCUGCUCUAACUCACCCUUUGUGUACUAUAGUAGAGUUUUGUUCAGGUAGAAUUCCCGUUUAUACAGAUUUCAUUGUAUCAUAACAAUUAUCGUAAAUUUUACAAUCCCUCUUUUCAGAGGUUGUCUUUGCCUCAAGACGAGGUUGUAGUUUGUUUGCAUUUCCUGACUGGCCAUUGAAAAUUUGAUUUGAGUCAUUUAAAAAAGUGGGAGGGGGAAUUAUAAAGAGAAAUAUAAUGGAAACAUGCAAUAUUAAACAAUAUGACUCAACUUUAUUUUUGUCCUCAGUUAAGAUCACCUAGUUCGACAAGGGACUAUUCUAUUAGAAAUAGUUAUUGAGCCUUAUAAGGGAGGAAUUACUAUUUGACCUAUAUUUAAGAUCAAAGACAUUUUAAUGUCUAGUCAUAUUGAUAUUUAAGUGCAAUUAUAUAGUUUUCAUUAAUUUUUGUCUUAAUCAGCAGAUUUUAUAAAUAUUCUGACAAGUUAAUUGUACAUAUAACCAUUGACAAAUGAAUUUAAGUCAAUUUAUUUUAAAUAUGGAAUACAUCAUAGAUAAUGCACAAUUAUUUAUUUAAAUUAGCUAAUAAGCAUUUUGUAAUAUGCUUUGGUUUUUCAUUAGAAUUCAUACAAAAUGUCAGCAUAGAGCUUUCACCUUUAGAAGGUGUAAAUUAUUUCCAGUCUGAUUAUUUUGAGACAUAACAAAAGACCAAUUUUGGUGUAUAUCCAUUUUGUAAAUGGGUCCAAAGGUCGGUUACCUGUGAAUCACUGAAUGUCUACUCGAUUCUGUGAAAUAUGAAAUGGAAACAGUCAGUCCACUGGUUCCUGUUAGUUGUUAAUAAGAACAGGUAACUGCCAGCCAUUUUUUUGUGUGAAUAACAACCAUGCAAAAUUUUCCAUAUUUUAAAAAAUUUAUAGCUAAAUAAUAUGUUGUCAAAGUGCAAUAUAGCAUAACUUUCAUCCACCCAUAGGAAUUGCUUCAUACUACAUAUUUUCUUGUAUGCUCAAUGCUUGAACAUAAGAAAAAAUUUUAUGAACAAAACUUAACAUGAUUUUUCUCCCCUUUUGAAUAUGUUUUAUAGAUUUUUUUAGGCAAAUACAUAUAAAGGUUGUGGCACAUCUGCUGAGUUCAAGCUUUGCCACCAAUAUGCUUUCUCAGAUAAUGAAACAGGUUAAAAUCAAGUUUAUAUCUUUCCUACCUCAUUAGGCUGUUGUUCAUUUAACUUGCACUGCCUUGUAACAGUGUAUUGUCAAAUAUCUCAUAUUAAUUUACAAACAUACCAUACAUCCAGUAUACCUGAUGUGAAUUGGAGAAUUUCUAUGGAAUGAGAACUAUUCACUUACCAAAAUGGAUUUGAAAUUGCUAUAAAGUAGGACAUUUAAAGUGCCUUCAGAAUAUACUUGCACUAUGCUCAACUUGGCCAGUAAGAGAAGACUUGCUGGAAUUCAUUUUAUUAUUGAAUGAUAUUAUGGUACAGACAAUUAUUUGGUUUGCUGUAUAAAAAAUAAUAUUGUACUAUAGAUGCAUGACAACUUCUUUAAUCAAUUGAUAAAAACAUUUAUGGAUAGCAAAAUUUGCUUAUAAUUGGUGUGUAUUUUUUUUGUUUUUGUUUUUUAAACUAAAUCGAUAUCAGAAUGAAAGCAUUAUGUUGCUGAAAAAUUGUAACAUAGCUAGAUUUGAAUCAGAAUUUUGGAAUCAGAAAGUACAUGUGUAAUAUUUAACCUAAAAUAAGGUGAAUUCCAGUAAGUUUUUACGGUAAUACAGGUGUUAUAAGCUAAUGACAAACUUCACAAACUUUUGAUCUCUCCAAUAAAGGUACAUUUUGAUAAAAAUUAUUAAUAACUAAUGUAUGGUCUUAUCUCACAUAAUAUCUAUUUUGUUUUUAUAAAAAAAAAGUUUUGUAUUAGUCAUUUAUGUUUAUCAUCUAUUUUGUAUUUCUACAGCAGAUACUUUAAAUGUGUUACAACGUUUUCUUGCAACUGUCACAGUCAGUUCAAUUAUAAAAUUUACUGAUGGUAUUUAGACAAUUGUAAGAUAUUGAAAUCCAAUGAUACAGCUUGAUUCAGAUAAACUUACUUAAAAUUUUCUAAACAACUUUGUUUCUCAACCCUUUGAAUUUUUAAAAGUUUUUAACCUUCAAAUUUUUUUUAGUAGAAUUGACCAGUUGCAAUGAAAAGGUUAAAACAAGAAGUGUUUCUGGAGUAAGCAUCACCUUCAAUUGCCUGUAAAAUGUGAUGUCAUGGUAAACUUGCAUUUUGUAUCAUGUUUGUGUUUUUUAAAAUAAGUAUUUAAUGAGUUUGCAUAUAAAUGGUCUGAAAAUAUGUAAUUAAUGUUCAUAACUUAAUGAAUUGAUUGUCUAAAUUUUAUCAGAAUUUCACAUCAGUUAGAUAAAGUUACAAAAAAGUCUUUUUUACUAUAUUGACAAUUUUCAUUGUGUAAUUGGAAGUGGUGCUUGAAAUACAUAAUUAAAUCUCAAAGAGUCAACAUUAACAUAUCUUUAAUUUUGUGUACACAUGCUUUAAUAUUAUGUAUAAUACUAUAAUGCACUGUAACUUCCAUUAUUAUUAUAAAAACAUACUAGUAAUUGAACAGUAAAAUAAGAAAUGUGAUAUUUUUUGUGAUGAAUUUAUAUUAUAACAUUACCAAAUAAGCUAUGACCCAUGCUAUUUGAAUAGUGCUAGAACUUAAUUUAAGGGAGGUAAAUCUGGGUAAAGAGAGAACUUUAUCACUUAUGCGUUUGUAAUAGUCUCUUUCAUCUAUGAUAUUUAAGCAUUCUUUGAAACUAUCAGUUUAAAUGUUUCAACCAACCAAGUCCUUUUCUUCUAUCAAAGAUUAGUAAUUUUUUUAUCACAGACCUCUUGAUUGUCAGUUGGAAAUAUCCUGAUUGGGCAUCUUAGUUUUCUGGCAUUACUUCCAAUUGUUAGAUAGAAUCUUGAUUCUAAAAACUGAUGCAGUAUUUUUUGAAGGUUGGUGAAAGUGGCGUUAAACACCAGCAAUCAACCAAUCAAUGUAUUUUUUGUCUACAUCUAGACAGAAUGUUUUGAAAUUUGGCUCAAAUCCUGAGCUCUAAAAGAAAGGCUUCAAUUUGAUGUUUGGUGCCUGCUCAUCCAAAACUAAAUUUUUAUUGUUUGGGAUCUGUUAUAGCAAGAUUGUCCUAUUUAAGCUUUUAGGACUUGGAUCACUAAAAUUACCACAUUUUAGAAUUAUUUUUAACACUGGUUAGAAUGUUAGAAAACAGUUACAAAUAGUAUAUGAAUCCCCAAGAAAUUUGAUUUCCAAAUGAGAAAACAGUAUUGGAAAACAAAAUACUUCAAAAAAUUUUAAAGAUAUUUACAAGAAAAUGCAACUUACUGAUUUUGAAGAGAGCUCAAGUGUAAAUAGUCCAUGCUCGGAAAACUAGCCAAAAAAUUAUGCAGGGUCAUAUCACAAAACAAGCAAACUCAGGGUGAAACAACAUCAAAAUGGUAGAUUUUAUAAUGCCAUCUAAAGUACAUGUCAUGUGUGUCAACGUUGCCAGUAUUGUCAUCAACAUCGUCAUCCACAUUAUCAACGUUGUUACCUAUAUCAUACAUACCGGUAAAUCACGUGUGUGCAUGUAAUUUUGUGAAUCAAUAUGUGUGUUUUGAUAAUAUUUAUGUGGACAUUUAUAGUGAUCUUAAGAAUUGUAGCAAAAAUGUCAUGAAUGAAAUAUUUACAUCGUAUAUUAUUGCUAUAGAAAUGUUAUACACAGUAGCCAAAUAUGUGUGCUGUGUUGGAUAGAAGUUGAUAUUAUGUGUUAAUAUUAUUAGGACAUGUUUUCAUUUCUUUGAAGAAAAGAUAAAAUCUUGAAAAUUAUGUGAAAAAAAAAGAAAAUUAAGAAAUGAAGCCAACAAAUUUCUGUAUCAUCUUUUGACCACAGCAUCAGGAGCUAUUUUCAAAGAUAUUCUUGAAAGUCAUGAACAGUUCAUUAAAACCUUGAAGAGCUGUAAUAUUCAUAAGAUUGAUAUCACAUUUCUAAGCUGAAAUUUUACAUAUUUAAAGUGAUGAUAUUUAUUGUUUACAGUUGUGAUUUGGUGUUUUUGCACAUAACAAACAACUGUUUACAGAAGAUAGGAUGAUGUUUUAUUUUAUGUCAAGUUCUAUCCAGCACUGUCAGUUUACACCAUGUUUGAAAAUACCAUUGACAAUUAAGAUCAACAUGACUUGAUUGUACUAUUGGCAACAUGUUUGUACUUUUCACAAAGUUUUGAGAACAAGCUUCUAUUUGUAUUUAUUGUGAGGUCAAUCAAUUAGACAAUAGAUGCUCUCCUUUGUGACUUCAGGGACGAUUUGAUGAAAUGAUUAUGACACUCACUGAUAGCUUUGGUGAAAUUAUUACCACACUCACACUGAUCUGAAAUUCAUCAAAUGAUUACAUUUCAAUGGUAUUUUUAGAUGCAAUAUAAGAGCCCGGUAAUUAUGUUCAUUUUACACAUGGCGAGAAAAAGUGGUAGUGAUUAUUACAUAAUGUAUAUAUUUUCCAUUUGGAGUGAAGAGUUCAAGUGUUUUGCUAUUUUCCAUUAGUCUGAAGUUUAAAUGUGAACCCUUAGAUGCAUGAUAAAAUUAUGAAGAAAAUACAUUGUAUAUACAAAAAAGUAAAUGAUGUAAAAUUGAAAAUAUGAAUUUAAAGUGGAGUACGGUUUAGUUCUAUUUUUCACUGAUUGCAAUGCAAAUUAAGUAAAAUGAACCAAAUGAAGUGUGACACAGAAAUUAAUUAUGUGUUUAAUUAGAAUGUAAGUCAGGGUUUCUAUGUAUCUACCAGGCAGUGCUUACAUUUGUGUGAAUGCUAAUUAAUAAUUACAAUUGUACAUAUAUACAAUAUUUAUUGACAACAAUUUUGACUAUUUAUUUUUUAAUAUUACGAAGCUCAAGCUAAUGGUAGAUAUUUUGUAUUAUAUAGACAUAUACAAUUAGUGCAAAACUUUGACAUUGAAUGAAGCAGCGAUAAACAGUAUUUAUUUAGCUGCAAUAGAUUGAUGUCAUAUACCGGUACACAAAUAUCAAAAAAGAUCUGAUUUCUUAUUUCAUGUAACAGUAAUUUUUUUGUGAUUUUUCUUAUAUUUAAGAAAAAAUGAGUUGAAAGGAUUAAUUUCUUUUGACAACAAUAUCAAAGCGACAAUACUGCAGUAAAUCUUAGAUACACAACUGAUGUAUAAUUUAUAGUUUGAUAACUAGACUAUUGACUAUUUGGCACUUGUUUGACUUUGAAUAGCUGUGAAUGAUUGAAAAUUCUGUACAAAGUAUGUAAUAAAACAGUUAUUAAAUGUUAUAUACACAUGAGAUAUUAGAGCUUGUUACGAUUGGGGUGAAAUGACUGGGAGUUCAAGUAAAAUUUCAGAGUCAUUAUCAUAUAAAUGAUGUGUUGAACUGAGCCAGUGAAAUGUCAUGAUGAGAAAUCUAAGAGCUUAAAGAAUGUUUUUUGUGUAGAGACAAGAUCUACUUCUUGGCAAAUAAUCUAUUUCCAAUUACGAAUUAUUCUAUGUUACCUUUUUUUUUCUUGUUUAUUUAAGUUGCUAUCCAGUUUUGUGAAAAAGUGCAAUGCAUUUAAAUCCAUAUACUUGUCUAGAUUAUCUUGCCCUGUUUUGUAAAAAAAAUUACAAAUUCAUACAUAGGUUUUAAGAAAUUUUUGUGGAGUUGUUAAUAUUUUCAAACUUCAAAUACCUUAAAUUUUGAUCUGCUUAGACUUCAUGCUUCUCAGAUCAGCACUUUCACAUCAGGGCUAUUCCAUUAAAAUGUAUGUAGGAGGGUAGGAAGGGACUUUCAAAAUAUCCCUACAACCAAGAACCAUUUUUUUA